AUGUCUUCCUCCAAACAAGUCUCUUCCGAAUUGCAAGCUGCGCAAGCGCGUACGCUCGCACGCUUGGCCAAGAUCCACGAACAAUUCCACUCGACCCCGGGAUCGGGUCGGUUCAAGGGCAAGGUCGCGAUCUUGACGGGUGUAGGAUCGGAGAAGGGGAUCGGGAGGGCUUCGGCCGUGCUGUUGGCUAGGGAAGGUGAGUUGCAUUCUUGCGUGCUGGUCGGUGAGGUGGGGUGGGUGAUGGGUGGCCGGGGCUCGUGUUGUUGUGGGGAGGGAAUGCGGGGGGCAAGCUUUCGCGAUCACGGAGUCGAGCCUGCGAGAGACGGAUAGGAAGCCUGCCAUGCGAUGCAAAUGACGUGGAUUGGAUACGAUGCUAAACUGAGAACUCGGGAAUGAAUCCGCAGGUGCCAAGCACCUCUAUGUGAUGGACUUUAACGCUUCGUCCUUGCCUCAGUUGGCCAAGGACCUCGAGGCUCGCUACAAGGGGCUCAAAGUCGGUCACAGUCCGCUCUUCCUCCCGUCCCACAAGCGACUACUAAUCACAAUCACUUUCCCAGGUAACGGCUAUCGAAGCCGACGCCGCGAACGAAGACGCCAUUUCGAGCGUUUGCGAACAAGCGAUCAGGGAGGAAGGCCGUCUCGAUUGCUUCUUCGCGAAUGCCGGAAUCGUCGGGGCCAAUCUACUGCAACACACCGAACCUUCGGAGUUUAUGGAGGUCUUUAGGGUCAAUACGUUAAGGUGGGGCUUUCGGACAGAGCUAUGGAUUCUUCGCCUUGAGCAGGAUUUUCCGGAUCCUUCCCGGGUCAUUGCCAAGACAAGGGACCAUGACUGAUCCAUAGAUGGCUUUAUCGUCCCCGCAGUUGCUUUUUGGCGGUCAAGCAUGCUUCGGAAGCGAUGAAGGUCGUCCAGAAGGACUCGGGCAAGACCGAGACCGGCGGAAGCAUCAUCUUGACCGCUUCCGGUACGUUCGCAAAUCUUGUUCGGAGCAAUGCCUGAAGGUUGUCGGUCUGGACGGUUCCCUGAUCGAGAAGUUUCGUUGUACAGUGGCUGGUAUUAGAAGUGGCGCUGGACCGAUCGAUUACUCGUGAGUCUAUUCGGGACAUACAGAUAAGUUCACGGUCUUGGAACUGAUCAACCGAAUAAUCUGCCUGUGCCCCUUCUAGGGCAUCCAAAGCGGGCGUCAUCAACAUCGCCAAUACUUGUGCCAACGGCUUGUUCGGCACCAAUAUUCGUGUCGUAGGUUGUUUCGAUGUUUGCGUUCGGUUGGAGUAUCUGGCUGAUCAGGAGCAUUGGUUCUACACUUGCGCGACAGAACGCGAUCUGCCCCGGCUUGAUCGAGACGGGAAUGACGACCUACACGUGAGUUAGGUGCGAUCCCCAAAUACAUCAAAGUUACAAGAGCUGAUCUCCCAUAUCACUGUGUGAGCAGUUUUGAGCGAGCAAAGGAGCGCGGCACGCUCGGCAAAGUUGGGCAGCUGAACCCUCUUCGCAGGUGAGUCCCGAUUGAGGGAGAUAUAUGUGUCGACGAGACAGGUUGUUGAUCUCGAUGUCUUUACCACGCAUCUCAGGUUCGGUAUUGCCGAGGAGAUUGCGCAGGCCGUCUUGUUCCUUGCUUCCGGUGAGCUGGCGUCUGUGCUCGGAGGAGGUUGCAUAGUCGUCAAUGCUGACCGUGCUAACCGUGCCUACAGAUGACUCGUCCUACGUGAGCCUCGAAAUGGUCUUUCGACUGCCCUCCGCCAUGAUCUUCACACUGACGUUCCCCCAUCCCUUCUGGAAAAAACAGGUCAAUGGCAUCCACCUGCCCGUCGACGGUGGUCUGUCGUCGUCGCACCCCGUCGUACCGGGGCAAGCUUUUUAA